GUCAUAACGUAAUCUUCAGAGUUAUUCUGAGGAGCUUCGCACAUUUUUAAUUAAGUUUAAACCACUCAAAAUGGUCUACAAAAGUGACACUCCUCAUAGACCACACGACUACAAGUAUGAUCCAAUUUUUACUACGUCUGGUCCUGCAGAUCAUUAUAAAGCGGCAAUGCUAGCUAAAAUGUCUUCACUAAAAUACCAAGUUUGUCCAAUUUUCAAAAAUAUGUUUUCCGAACUGAAACAUUUUCCGAGACUGCAACUAGUACCACGCCAAACAAAACCCAUAAUGACCUACGAGGAAAAGUUAAAGGCAUCAAAAAAAGCAGCCGCAGAUCAAGCUUUGCAUCAAAAACCUUCGGUGGACGUGGUUGGGCGAGAUAGAGCAAAAUUUUCUUGUGGCGUCAUCAAAUUUCCACCACCAGAAUUCAGGGGAUGUCUGGAUCAUAUGCCAAUCUUUACUAUUGAAACUGGUCAAAAUGGCGAAGAGGCCGAAGAGAGUGUAACUUCAGGACCAAGAACGGUACAAAUUGGAACUAUGUACAGGGAUUCGUAUACACUGACUACACCAUGGGAACCGCCUUAUAAGGUGAUUGGAGAAGGAGAUCCAGAAAUUUUAAAGUUAGAGUUUCUUAAAUGGGGUAGUGGAUUACCUGCUGGUAUGCACCAAAUAAAGCUUAUAGAGAGAGGUAGAAUGAAAAGAUGUUGGGAAAAAACAAUGCAACCAAAUGUAACUGACGACAAAUAUUUGCAAAACUUAAGGGAUUAUGUUGAGGCUAUGGAGAUGGACGAAUGGGCUUUUAGGGAAUCGGAAAUCCAAGAAAUUCAAGAUUUACGGUUGAAACUUUUGGAAAAAAUGCUUGAAGAAGUCCAGGAACGAUCAAAUACGAGAGCUAAAAUAAAACUGGACAAUUUAAUCCAGGCAAAAGAAAAGGAGAAAAAAAUCAAGUUGGAGAAGAUUAGAAAAGACGGUGCAAGAGAACUUAGAAAAAUAGAAUUACAAGAAAAAGGUUUCAAACGGAAGUACCAUCAGCCCGAUAUUGUCAAAGAACACAUCAUGAAAGACUCCGAGCUUUAUGCGCCACUGACGAGGCACGGAGAACAUCCGAAACGUUGGCAUAAUGUUAUCGAUAAAUCUUUCAUCAGAUAUAAAGCACAGUACAUUGGGGUGGAAAGUUUUUGCACUAUGCCGCGUUGGCUGAACAAAGCUUCACUACUUAAACCCAAAACGAAGCAACGUAAAGAUGUCGCACAAUUGUGUAUUAGAGAGACUAGAUGGACAGCUCCAGUAUUGAAGAAUCUGCAUGAAGAACUUCUAAAUUUGGGUAAAGGUAAUGAGAAAAAGGGUUGUUCAUUGAGAGUAAGAAACGUAAAAGAAAUUGAAGAAAGUACCACUCCGGACGCUGAAUAUAUGUCGAUUGAGAGAGAUAGAGAAUACCAGGCUGAAGUAUUUUUGCAAAAAAUUAUUGACGGCAGAGCGACACAAACAUGCAUAUAUGAAGGACUAGAAAAUUGCAGAGAACUUAUCGGAGAACUGAAGCACUCUGUAGGUUUGAUGAAAAAGCAAAAGGAAGAUCGUACAAAAGAAAAAAUGAGAAUUCGUGCUCAGCAAAGAGAAGAAACUAUUCAGAGUGUAAUGGUUUGUAGACUGCAAGGUUCCCUGGGCAAACUCCAAGGACAAGUUGUAGGUUCCCUAUUGGACUUUCUCAAUAAGGAACUCAGAAGACUACUUGAAGAACGAAAGGCGCAUGCAAUGUGUUGGGUAAACGAGAGAGAGCGCAAUAUAAGAGAGGCCGCUGAAGCAGGAAGAAGGCAGAAGGAAAUUAGACGCAGGCGGGAACAUGAUGAAAUUUUCAAGCAAAUUGUGAAAAUAACUCAAGAAUCGGUGGAGGUGUAUCUGAAUGAUAUCAUAACCGAAGGUAUGGAGUUUUCAUCAAAAGACGAAGCCAUAAGUUAUGUUUUAACUGUUGCGGAUACAUUGGAAAAGAAAGUAGACGAUACCUUGAAUGAUAGAGUUAAGGCUAGGAAAGCGGUAGAUGUUGAGGAAGAACUUAUGGCAGAUAUGAUCCACCAUUUCUUCUUGCCGGAAGGUGUUAAGCAAACAAUUCGAGACAACAUCAAAGCUGAGCAAAAGCAACAAAUGAAAACUGUUCAUGAAGCUGUUCAUCGUAAAUUUGAGAAUUUACCUAAAAUUGAUCACACUCAAAGCUGGCCUGAAAGCUCAGUAUUCUCAUCUUCGCCUACAAUAGAGCACUACCAUCUAAAAUUGGAAGAAUGGCUCACAGCAGCAGCACAAGACGUUGCCUCUGAGUCAAUGAUGGGAGGUUCGCAUCUUUCAGAUGGUUCCACUACUCCACUAGCAGGCACAAUUGGUCAAAAUAUUAUUUUCUCAGGAGAAUCUGCUGAAGCGGUUUUGGAGUGCCGAACAGAUGGUUCAACUACAGAAGUCUCAAGUUUAGAUUUGGUGGCUGAAGACAAUGUAGGUAAAAGCGAGGAAAAUGAUCAGCUAUCUUCCGAAAUUGAAGAAAGCGGUAACAACAAUUUUGGUUCACUUAGAAACUUGGAUACAAUUCCUGAAAGUGAGCGUGAGAUUAGUAUUACUUCUGCAGCUUCAACGGAAGGUUUAAACGAUGAAGGAGAUGUAUCAAACUAAUAAUACCUAAAUAUAUUUGUUUAUAAAAUAUAAUACAUAAUAUAUUAAUUUAAUCCAACAAGCAACAAAAUUAAAAUUAGCGUUAUUCAAAAAAAAAUUGUAGGGGAAAGUACACUGAGAUGGCAUAGUCACUGAAAUGGCAUAGCGCUUGUAAUUUGUGAGAAUCGGAUAGAUAUGGCAACACCGCUGUUGCUGCGCGUGAAUAAUGCAUAUGCCGUCGUACCGACGCCAUUUUUGGUUUAUUUCACAUUAUUUCUGUUCGCUUGUGAGUUGCUGCGUGAACGUUUUAAAAAAACGACGCUUAAGAGGCCAACAACAAGCCGUUAAAAUUUGAGAAAAAGGGUUGAUUUUGUCAUAUUCCUCCAUAAUAUCAUGACAAUGUACCUUUUACGACCCUCGAAUACUUUCCCAAAUAAUGUCUCGCCGUCGCCGAAAGAAAUACUAUUAUAUGACCCAGACUUUCUGUUAAAGAACCCAAAGAUAUUGUAUGUAAAUAAAUUAAACAUUUGUCCACCAUAAACCCCAAAAUUCCCAAAUAUCCUUAAUGGUCAUUCUUUGAACAGACUGUCAUUUAUUGCCAAUAUUUAUUUAGGGUUUUCCAGUUGUAAUUAUGUAGGUUUUAGAAACGUUUUAGAAGGGAUGUAAAGGUCGAUUUGUAAGAGAUCUAGUGAAGCAAGA